AUGCCUCGGGGUCAGAAGAGUAAGCUCCGUGCCCGGGAGAGACGCCACCAGGCUCAAGAAGAACCCAAGAAUAUGGGUAAUGUUCAGACGACUGCAGCCAAAGAAGAGACCCACUCUUCCUCAUGUUCUCAUUUCAAAGAUACCCCCAAGAGUUCAUCUACUCCUGGAGCAGUCAGCAAUCAAAAAGAACCUGGGCGAGCCCCAUCUACUGUGGUGACUGCUGCUACAGCUGUUUCACAUAAAACAGCUAAUGGAGACACCAAGUACCAGGUUGAGGGAAAGCCAAAUGUCUCACAGGCUAUCAUUGAGCACUGGCACAAAAACGUUGUAGACCAGAAGGUUACAGUAUUGGUUCAUUACCUGCUGUAUAAGUAUCGAAUGAAAGAGCCCAUUACAAAGGCAGAUAUGCUGAGAAAUGUAAUCCAAAUGUGCAAGAAUCGGUACUCUGAGAUUCUGAAGCAAGCCUCUGAGCACCUGGAGCUGGUCUUUGGCCUUGACAUGAAGGAAGUGGAUCCAAACAAGAAUAUCUAUGUACUCAUCAACAAGCUGGAACUAGACCACAAUGCAAAAGUGAAUGAUAACAGAGGUAUACCCAAGACCGGCCUGCUGAUGACUAUCCUGGGUGUGAUCUUCACAAAGGGUAAUUGUGCCAGUGAGGAGCAAGUCUGGGCAAUACUAAAUAUGAUGGGGGUGUAUGAUGGGAAGAGGCACUUCAUCUUUGGGGAUCCCAGGAAGCUGAUAACCAGAGAUUUAGUGAAGGAAAAGUACCUGGAGUAUCGGCAGGUGGCCAACAGUGAUCCUCCACGCUAUGAAUUCCUGUGGGGCCCAAGAUCCCAUGCUGAAACCAGCAAGAUGAAAGUCCUGGAGUUUUUGGCUAAGAUCCAUAAUACCAUUCCUAAUGCCUUCCCAGGCUGGUAUGAGGAGGCUUUGAAAGAUGAGGAAGAAAGAGCCCAAGCCAGACUUACAGCUAAGGCCCAUAAUGCUGCCAUAGCCAGUUCUCAUCCCAAGGUCACAUAA